CCAUGCUGCUGGAGGGCGCGGCCCAGUUCCCCUCCUUGGGGGGCUUCGGCCCCUCGCGACCCCCGCACCACCACCACCCGCACGAGAUGGGCCUCAACGCCCCGCACCACCACCACCCCUUCGCCGAGCCCGCCUUCAAGCUGGGGCCGCACGGGGAGCUCCCCGCCGCCUCCUCUUCUUCCUCUUCCUCUUCGUCCGCUUCCUCGGGGCAGAGCUCGGCCUUCACCCCGCAGGGCGCCGCCGGGUACCACCACCACCACCACCACCACCCUCACCACCAUCCUCCUCCUCCUCCGCCGCCUCCUCCGCCCCACCACCACCAUCAUCCCCACCAUCACCACGGAGAGGUGCCUUCCCCGUACGCCUUCAACAGCCCGCGGGACUUCCUUUUCCGCAACCGAGGCGGGGAAGUGUCCUCCGCCGUGGCCGCCUCCCCGGCCUCCCCGGCCUUCGCGCCCAGCGAGAGCCCGUACUUGCUCUUCCCCGGCUUGCACGACGGCGCGGCCGCCUCCCCGGCGUCGGAGAGCGGGCCUUUGGGGCUCUUCACCCGGCCGGAGCCUUACCGAGGCGUGCCCAGCCCCCGAGGAGACCCCUACGGCGCCGGCAGCCACUUCCACGCCAACUACGCGCCGCUCAACAUGGGCGGCGUCAACGUCGUGGCCCACCACCCCCCCCACCCCCACCACCACGGCGCGGCCGGGGCUUUCUUCCGCUACCUGCGCCAGCCCGGCAUCAAGCAGGAGCUGUCCUGCAAGUGGCUCGAGGACAAGAAGAGCUGCGAGCGGAGCUUCGGCAGCCUCCACGAGCUGGUCAGCCACGUCACGCUGGAGCACGUCGGGGGCCCCGAGCAGAGCCAGCACACCUGCGCCUGGGAGGAGUGUCCCCGCCGCGGGAAGGCCUUCAAGGCCAAGUACAAGCUGGUCAACCACAUCCGCGUCCACACCGGAGAGAAGCCCUUCCCCUGCCCCUUCCCCGGCUGCGGGAAGAUCUUCGCCCGCUCCGAGAACCUCAAGAUCCACAAGAGGACCCACACAGGUGAGAAGCCCUUUAAGUGUGAAUUCGAAGGCUGUGACCGACGCUUCGCCAACAGCAGCGACCGGAAGAAGCACAUGCAUGUCCACACGUCGGACAAGCCCUACAUCUGCAAAGUGUGCGACAAGUCCUACACGCACCCCAGCUCCUUAAGGAAACACAUGAAGGUCCACGAAACCCAAGGGUCCGAAUCCUCUCCGGCGGCCAGCUCCGGCUACGAAUCCUCCACGCCUCCGGCCAUUUCGGCCGCUCCGAUGAGCAAAGACUCGGCCGGCUCCAAACCUUCCUCGUCUUCGCUCCCUCCGUCCUCUUCGUCGUUGUCGUCCGUCCAGACGGCCAACCCCGGCCUCAACCCUGGAAUCCCCCCUAAUUUUAACGAAUGGUACGUCUAAAAAACAAAGAGACAAACCCUUAAAUCCUACUCUCCUCCGCACAAAAAAAAAAAAAAGUCUCUUUUUCUCAAAGCAAGUGACCCGUAGAGAACCGAGAGGAUUUCCUGGCCACUCCGCAGGACACCGCAUUGAUCCCUUGGCCUCGCGAUUGGAGUUUACACUUUAAGAAAAUCCAGGAGGAAAGACCUCGAAUAUAAGAAAACGGGGUGUUUUUUGAUGUGAGCGUCGGAGGGUUUUUUUUUGCUUUUCGUUCCCCUCCCCAAGAGCCAGCCGCUGGACUUUUAUCAUGUCUAUUUUUCUCAGGAUUAGCGAUUUCUUAAUAUUUUAUUUCGAUUUUUAUUUUUGGCAUCGAGAGUUGUUCCUUGUUUGAGAACUGAUUCGUCAUCCCUCUUUUUUAAUCUUUUCCCGCAUUCUUCUCUUCCAUCGUGGAUCUUUCGCACCUCUUUUUUAGUGGGACGUUCGGAGAGAACAAACGGACUUUUGUCCCUCGGCCUUAGUUGUGAUUGUUAAAAAAAAAAAUAAUACGUGGAAAAAAAGUGGAGAAAAAAAAAACAGUCUUAAAACUUGCCAAAGUCCUGUAUUGUCUUGAAGUCUUUCUUUUCUUUCCUCCCUUCUUUCCUCCCUUCCUCCCUUUAAAUUGUUGUGCGGCUGCUAAAAAAGUCAAUGGGAAUUUCCAUAGGAAUCUAGUGUCUAGAUCCAGAGAAGUCGUGCUACUCCUCUUAUUUUAUUAUAUUCUUAUUACAGUAGAGUCUCACUUAUCCAACAUAAACGGGCCGGCAGAACGUUGGAUAAGCGAAUAAAUUGGAUAAUAAGGAGCAAUUAAGAAAAAGCCUAUUAAACAUCAAAUUAGGUUAUGAUUUUACAAAUUAAGCACCAAAACAUCAUGUUAGACAACAAAUUUGACAGAAAAAGUAGUUCAAUAUGCAGUAAUGCUAUGUAGUAAUUACUGUAUUUACAAAUUUCGCACCAAAAUAUCAUGAUAUAUUGAAAACAUUGACUACAAAAAUGCUUUGGAUAAUCCAGAACGUUGGAUAAGUGAGACUCUACUGUAUAUUCUGCCUUGGUCAGACCACACCUGGAAUCACACUGUGUUACAGUUCUGGGCACCACAAUUGAAGGGAAAUGUUGACAAAUGUGUCCAAAAGAGGGCGACUCAAAUGAUCCAGGGCCUGGAGAACAAUCCCUAUGAGGAGCGGCUUAAAGAGCUGGAUAAUGUUUAGCCUGCAGAAGAGAAGGCUGGGAGGAGAUAUGAUAGCCAUGUAUAAAUACAGUAGAGUCUCACUUAUCCAACAUAAACGGGCCGGCAGAACGUUGGAUAAGCGAAUUUGUUGGAUAAUAAGGAGGCAUUAAGGAAAAGCCUAUUAAACAUCAAAAUAGGUUAUGAUUUUACAAAUGAAGCACCAAAACAUCAUGUUAGACAACACAUUUGACAGAAAAAGUAGUUCAUUACACAUUAAUGCUAUGUAGUAAUUACAGUAGAGUCUCACUUAUCCAAGCCUCGUUUAUCCAAGUUUCUGGAUUAUCCAAGCCAUUUUUGUAGUCAAUGUUUCCAAUAUACAGUAGAGUCUCACUUAUCCAACAUAAACGGGCCGGCAGAAUGUUGGAUAAGGGAAUAUGUUGGCUAAUAAGGAGAGAUUAAGAAAAAGCCUAUUAAACAUCAAAAUAGGUUAUGAUUUUCCAAAUUAAGCACCAAAACAUCAUGUUAUACAACAAAUUUGACAAAAAGUAGUUCAAUACGCAGUAAUGCUAUGUAGUAAUUACUGUAUUUAUGAAUUUAGCACCAAAAUAUCAUGAUAUGUUGAAAACAUUGACUACAAAAAUGCGUUGGAUAAUCCGGAACGUUGGAUAAGCGAGUGUUGGAUAAGUGAGACUCUACUAUAUAUUAUAGUCUUAUUAUAUUCUGCCUUGAUCAGACCACACUUGGAAUCACACUGUGUUACAGUUCUGGGCACCACAAUUGAAGGGAAAUGUUGACAAAUGUGUCCAAAAGAGGGCGACUCAAAUGAUCCAGGGUCUGGAGAACAAGCCCUAUGAGGAGCGGCUUAAAGAGCUGGGCAUGUUUAGCCUGCAGAAGAGAAGGCUGAGAGGAGACAUGAUUGCCAUGUAUAAAUACGUGAAGUUAGUCUCCAGGGAAGCUUGUUUUCUGUGUCAUAGGGAGGAGGCAGCAAGCUUGUUUUCUGCUUCCCUGGAGACUAGGACGCAGAACAAUGGCUUCAAAUUACAGAAAGCAAGGAGAUUCCACCUGAAACUUAGGAAGAACUUCCUCACUGUGAAACAGAGCUGUUCAGCAGUGGAACUCUCUGCUGCGAAGUGUGUUGGAGGCUCCUUAUUUGAAGCAGAGGCUGGAUGGCCAUCUGUUGGUGGUGCUUUGAAUGCGAUUUCCCUGCUUCUUGGCAGAAUGGGGUUGGACUGGAUGGCCCACGAGGUCUUUUCCAACUUUACAAUUCUAUACAGUAGAGUCUCACUUAUCCAAGCUAAACGGGCUGGCAGACGCUUGGAUGAGCGAAUAUCUUGGAUAAUAAGGAGGGAUUAAGGAAAAGCCUAUUAAACAUCAAAUUAGGUUAUGAUUUUACAAAUUAAGCACCAAAACAUCAGACAGAAAAGGCAGUUCAAUACGCAGUAAUGUUAUGUUGUAAUUACUGUAUUUACAAAUUUAGCAUCAAAAUAUCACGAUAUAUUGGAAACAUUGACUACAAAAAUGGCUUGGAUAAUCCAGAAACUUGGAUAAGCGAGGCUUGGAUAAGUGAGACUCUACUGUAAUUCUAUGAUCCUUCCCUCCCUUUCUUCUUCCCUUUCUUCCUCCCUUCUUUCUCUCUCUUUCUCUUUCUCUUUCUUUCUUUCUUUCUUUCUUUCUUUCUUUCUUUCUUUCUUUCUUUCUUUCUUUCUUUCUUUCUUUUUCCUCCUUUUCUCUCCCUCUUUCUCACUCUCUUAAAAUACCAUUACAUUUGUGAAUGUAUUUUGUCUGAUCCGGGGGAAAAACUCUCUUCACUUUGUCCAGAUCCUGGUCAUUUUAGUUAAAACAAAAAAAUACAACCAGUUGCCUUUUUGUAAUAAGAAUAAUACCUUUUCUUUUCUCUCUUUUGUAAAUACAUAUCCAUGAUGCCAGUAUUUAUCAUUUGUAAUUUAAUUAUUGAGAAACAAGUGCCGGGAACUGAAUAAUAUUUAUGGAGAGAGAGAGAAAAACCAACAAAACGCGCAAAAAACAAAAAAAAAGGAAGAUUUCUUUUUUGUUUUCUAACAAAAGAAAAAGAAAAAUUCAGACAAACUCUGUACAGCUUUUGGUUAUAUAACUGCUUUAGCAUUAAAAGUUUAUUGUUUUGGAAAGAAUA